AUGGAGUUUUUGGAACUGCUCUUCGUCUCAGCUGGGCUGUUUGCAGUCCUGUUCUAUGGAGGGAAAAUAGUGGGCUUGGUGAUGAUGCUUUGGCCAAGCAUUUGGUACCCUCUGCCUGGGUCCUUUUUCACCUCCGUGGGGCAAUGGGCAGUGAUCACGGGAGGUUCGGACGGAAUAGGAAGAGCCUUUGCAUUGGAGUUAUCAAAGAAAGGGAUGAAUGUGGUCAUCAUUAGCAGAAAUCAGGAGAAACUGGACAGAGCAGCAAAGGAUAUAGAGAUUACUCACGGGAGAAAGGUCAAGGUCGUAGUUGCGGACUUCACAGAAGAUGACAUUUAUCAGCGUAUAGAAAAGACUCUCUCAAGCUUGGACAUAGGCAUUUUAGUUAACAAUGUUGGUAUUCUACCUACUCCUACACCCUGUAAGCUACUGGAGACAACUCAUCUAGAGCAGAGAAUCCAACAAGUGAUAAACUGCAAUGUAAAAGCCAUGGUGAAGAUGUGUAGUAUCGUCCUUCCUGGGAUGGAGAAAAGGGGGCGUGGUUGCAUCCUGAAUAUUUCUUCUGGCAUUGCAAAAAUACCAUGUCCCACUUACACCCUGUAUGCAGCAUCAAAGGUGUUUGUAGAGAUGCUCUCACAAGGUCUUCAAGCUGAGUACAGAUCAAAAGGCAUUAUUGUCCAGUCAGUGGCUCCCUUUGGCGUAUCUACAGCUAUGACGGGCUACCAGAAACCAGACAUGGUCACUCUGUCACCAAAGGAGUUUGUGAGAACGUCUUUAAUGUAUGUCAAGGCUGGAGACCUAUCGCACGGGACCAUUUCCCAUACAAUCCUGGGUUGGAUUGUACAAGCCAUCCCAACCUGGGUUCUUCAAACGGAAGCUUUCCAGUGUAACUUUAUGGAGUUCGUGAAACAAAAAGUUGACCCCUGA